CUCAUAUUACACUCUGAGAAUGAGACUGUGACUGAGUCUGUUAUUAAUCUGAGAAACACCAACAAUGAAAUGUUGCAAAUCUAGUGCUGCAAAACACCAACAUGGCAUGUUCAGUUCUUUUCUUUGCUUGAUUCAUCACCAUUGAAACAGUUACUGAUAUAUCUGCAAGCAAUGCCAGUUCCUCUUGCUCCUUAUCCUACACCUCCAGUCCCAUUCAUUCAACCAAAUGGUAAUCAAAGCCAUCUUGUUUGUUCAGGAUGCAGAAAUCUUCUUCUUUAUCCAGUUGGUGCAACCUCUGUUUGUUGUGCUGUUUGCAGUGUAAUCACUAGUGUGCCUCCACCAGGAACAGAAAUGGCGCAAUUGGUUUGUGGAGGAUGUCAUACUCUUUUAAUGUAUGUUCGCGGAGCGACAAAUGUUCAGUGUUCAUGUUGUCACACUGUGAAUUUGGCUCUGGAAGCAAAUCAAGUAGCACAUGUUAACUGUGGAAACUGCAGAAUGCUGUUAAUGUAUCAAUACGGUGCGAGAUCUGUGAAAUGUGCAGUUUGUAACUUUGUUACAUCAAUUGGGGCAUUUCCGAGUACUGAGCAGAAGGUAGGUGCUUGAAGCUUAGAUUCAGCAGUGCAAAACUACAAACAUAUGUGUCUUUUGAUAGUGAAGGCUUUUUUAUUGAGGUUGUGAUGAAAUGUAUAGAGUUAAUUUUCCAUUCUGGGUUUUUCUUUUCUUUGGUUUUUUUUUUUUAUGUUUUUUCUUGGCUUCAUAUAAUAAGCAGUUUUGGGAGGCUUGGAUUGCAAUGUAUUAUGAGAACAAUUCUGAAAACAAGAAUUCCAUAUCUACAUC